AUGCCGCCGCUCCCAGCAUUACGGCUGCUUCGACGUCCAGCCAGUGGCGCAUUUGCAUUUGCCGCCCUCAUCUUCAUCGUAGCAGUAGCCCGAUUCUACAAUGGGGUAUUGCCCUCUUAUAUUUCCUCCAGUCGAUGGCAUUACUCGAAAAUAUCAGAGUUCUACCGUGAUCCCCGCGACGGUUCACGCUACUACAAAUUCAAGACGCCGUCCUUUUUUCCUCCAUCAAACGAUUCAAGGCUCAGCAAAGUCGACCCGUGUGCCGGUUUUCCAGUCCAGCUUCUAAACAGCAUCCAAAUCGUUCUCAAGACGGGCACAGGCGAGCCAGCCAAGACCAAGGCCCACCUCGACACGGUCACUUCGUGUAUUCCGAAUCUUUUAAUCUUUUCAGACAAUGAAGAACUCAUCAAUGGUCACCACGUCAUUGACAUACUGGCAGACUUGCCAGGUUCCUUCCAAAACAUCCCCGACUUUGCCGCGUACUCGUCGCAAAAACAGGCAUACGCAAGCGGCAAGGCAGUUGGAUACUCUCCCGAAGACUGGAAACUCGACCGCUUCAAGUUCCUGCCCAUGGUCGAAAAGGCGCACGAAAUGCGACCCGACGCCGACUGGUACGUCUUUAUCGAGUCGGACGUCUACUAUUUCUGGGACACGCUGUUUCGUCUGCUCAGCCAGCUCGACCCUUCGAAAAUGCAUUACAUGGGCUCGCCGGCCCCCGGUGCCGACGGCACCUUUUUCGCCUAUGGCGGCGCCGGGUUCGUGCUCUCUGCAGGACUCAUGGAACGCUUGACAGAGGACCAUGUUCCCUUGAGUGUCCGCUACGAGGAACACGUCCAGACUGGGUGCUGUGGUGAUGCUAUACUGGGCCAAGCUAUUCUUAACAAGACGGGCGAGCGGCUGCAGGCGCUAUAUCCUACAUUUGCGGGCGACGAACUCGAUGGACUCAAGAUUGACCAGGAGAGAUGGUGUAUCCCUCUGCUUUCCCUUCAUCGGGUAUCGCCAGAGCAAAUGUCGUCGCUCUGGGAGUGGGAGCGAAACCGGGCAUACGACCAAGAUCCCUUUACGCACUCUACCAUUGCAGAUUACAUCUCUCCAGGAAUAUUCGAAGCUCCAGUGCGAACUGCAUGGGACAAUUACGCUGGCGAUGUCCAACCAGAAGACUCGCCUGCACACGCUUCUGCCGCUGCAUGUGCUCAAACCUGCGAGUCGGAAAGAUCAUGUCUCCAAUAUCAGUACUCGGACGGAAUCUGCAAGUUUGGGACCUUUUAUCAAAAAGGGCGACAGCGGGAUGGUGCCGCCAUCACCUCCGGUUGGGAUACCAAGAAAAUGGUCGUGAUGGGCCACCGGGCAGAUGUUAAAAAGAGUAGCUCUUGCAGUGAGCCUACUUGGCUCAGACCUGAAGUUCGAUGA